CGGAACACACUAUGAGAUGUUACCAAACAGAACCAAAAAACGGAGAGACCUGUAAAACUGAAAACAAGGAAUUGAAUGCCAAGAGGAUUGAAAUUGAAUGCACACGCAGGACGGAGGGAUAGAAGCCGACCCUGUCCUCUGGCCUACCUGACCUUCAUUUCAAUGCUUUUUCAUUUUCGUUUCCAAUUUUGUGGAGCAAAUGCCCACACCACAACGAAAGGUCGAUAGAGACUUUUAAGACACAAGAAACCAAUUCUCUUUAGAGAGAGAAACUCUAGAUUUUUACACAGCGUAAAGCAUUUACUCAUACUUUCAUUUCAUCUCUUAUAACUGAUCCCCAAAUUUUAAUUCCUAUCCCCUCUUUCUAUUCCACGCAUUCGUCCGACUUCUGGUUCGCUGAGAAUUUUCUUUAGGAAUACAAGGGAAAAUGGGUUUGAUUUCUGGGAUCUUUCUAGGGAUAAUCUUUGGGAUCGGGGUGAUGGCGGGAUGGAAACACAUGAUGAGUUACCGAAGCACUAAGCGAGUAGCGAAGGCAGUUGAUAUAAAACUCCUCGGGUCCCUAAACAGAGAUGAUUUGAAGAAAAUAUGUGGUGAUAAUUUUCCUGAAUGGAUAUCUUUUCCUGUCUUUGAACAGGUGAAAUGGCUGAACAAGCUACUGAGCAAAUUAUGGCCAUUUAUUGCAGAUGCAGCUACGAUGGUGGUUAAAGAAUCUGUUGAACCACUAUUGGAAGACUAUCGACCACCAGGGAUUACUUCAUUAAAGUUUAGCAAAUUUUCUCUUGGAACUGUGCCACCCAAGAUUGAAGGUAUUCGUGUUCAGAACCUCAAGAAGGGUCAAAUAAUUAUGGAUAUUGAUUUUCGAUGGGGUGGUGAUCCAAGCAUCAUUUUAGGCGUUGAAGCUGCACUUGUUGCCUCUAUACCCAUUCAGUUAAAAGACCUUGAAGUUUAUACUGUAAUUCGCGUUAUCUUCCAACUUGCUGAGGAAAUACCAUGUAUAUCUGCUGUUGUUGUUGCUCUACUUUCUGAGCCAAAGCCUAAAAUCGAUUAUGUUCUGAAAGCUGUUGGUGGCAGCUUAACAGCAAUUCCUGGGCUAUCGGAUAUGAUUGAUGACACUGUGCAUUCAAUUGUUACAGACAUGCUUCAGUGGCCCCACAGGAUUGUUGUUCCAAUUGGUGGUAUACCUGUUGAUUUGAGUGAAUUAGAGCUAAAACCACAGGGAAAGCUUACAGUGACGGUAGUGAAAGCAAGUGAUUUGAAGAACAUGGAAAUGAUUGGAAAAUCUGAUCCUUAUGUCGUUUUACACAUUCGGCCAAUGUUCAAGGUUAAAACAAAUGUAGUUGAGAACAACCUCAAUCCUGUUUGGGACCACACAUUUGAGUUGAUUGCUGAAGACAAGGAGACACAGUCGCUUACUCUUGAGGUCUUUGAUCAGGAUAUUGGGCAAGACAAGAGGUUGGGAAUAGUAAAAUUGCCUUUAAAUGAGCUGGAAGAAGAAACUUGGAAAGAACUGGAGUUAAGACUGCUACCUGCACUUGACAUGUUGAAGAUUAAGGAUAAGAAGGAUAGAGGUACUCUUACAAUUAAGGUGUUUUACCACGAAUUUAACAAGGAGGAGCAGUUGGCUGCUCUAGAAGAAGAAAAGAGGAUCCUGGAAGAAAGAAAGAAGCUAAAAGAAGCUGGAGUCAUAGGGAGCACAAUGGAUGCGCUUGAUGGAGCAGUUGGUCUUGUUGGAACUGGCAUCGGUGCUGUUGGAACUGGCCUCGGUGCUGGUGUUGGGCUUGUAGGAACUGGCGUUGGUGCUGGAGUGGGUAUCAUGGGCAGCGGCCUUGGAGCUGUUGGCAGCGGCUUGAGCAAAGCAGGAAAGUUGGUGGGUAGGACAUUUACCGGGCACUCCAGCAAGAGAAGUGGAUCUAGCACUCCAGUCCAUAGCGUGCAAGAAAAUGGCGGGGCAAAGCCUCGGUAGUGCAAUUGCAGCAGAAUAAAAUGUGAAUUAAGCAUUUGGCUUGGUGUCCCAUGACUUAGGUUGAGAUAACUUAUUUUGCACACUGUUUCACAGUGUUUUUCCAGUAUUCUUCAUUCUGUUAAUUUGUGACGGGCAUCGGUUAUUCUCCCUUCUCAACUGUAUUACCAUACGUGUAUUCACAAUAUACUUUUAAACAAUAUGUACAAAUUAACACGAUUCUGUGUUUUCUAGAAAACAUAUCUGGCAUUCGUUUUAUUGUGAUAAAUUGAUAAUCGUUUGUGCCA